AUGAUGGGAUACUCGCAAAGCAUAGAGGAUAAGGUCCAAGAAGCCCGCAAAAAGGAGCUAAAUGCGGGUCUUAGCACAUAUUGGCUUGAUGUUCUCCUCGCUGGCUGCGCCAGUUUUUUAAACGUCGUCGGCCCCGCAAUUACACUCGGUAUCUAUACCGUCGUGGCCAAAUACACCGGAAACCCCCCUCUCAAUACAGAACGAGUGUUUACCUCCUUUGGACUGAUCCAAAUGGUCACAUUGCCGGUCAAUUCAAUACUUUUCAUCGUACCGAACUUUAUAGGAGCCAUUGCAGGUUUUGACAGAAUCCAAAAGUUUCUUUUGGAGCCAACACACGAAAACAGACACUUAGAUCUCACUCACCAAACAGGGAUCAACCCAGAACUUGUUGAUCUAUUGAACCAAGAUUUGACGGAUAUAGCUAAUCACUCCAGAGGUGGUUACGCUAUCAAAUUUCAAGAUGUUUCGGUCCGUUUCGAUACCGAGGAUCGCCCUGUACUGAAGAAGAUCAAUUUUGAGAUAGAAGCAGGUUGGGUCGUAAUGAUCAAAGGUAUAACCGGAUCAGGCAAGACGACACUUGCAAGAACAAUUAUAGGAGACUUACAGCCUGAGAGCGGAUCUAUCUCAAUUUUUUCGCGAAAAAUGGCAUUCUGCUCUCAAUCCCCGUGGUUGCCAAAUGGCACAAUUCGAGAUUUGAUUGCUGGGCCUCCGGGGUCGAAGAUAACAGACGAGAAAUGGUACCAAAAAGUGCUUUUCGCCUGUGACUUGGAUGAUGAUUUAGCUCAACUUCCUAAUGGCGAUAAGACAUUUGUUGGAGGGACUUCUCUGUCAGGAGGUCAGAAGCAGCGAGUGACUGUUGCUCGCGCCAUAUACUCUCAAUUGGAUAUUUUGGUUCUAGACGAUGUUUUUAGUGCCCUUGAUGCGCGGACCGCACACCUUGUAGCCCAAAGAUUAAUAGGGCCAUCCGGUCUACUUCGUGAGCUGAAGAAGACUGUUGUUUUAAUCACACAUUCAACGCAAUUUCUUUCCCUCUCGGAUCUCAUAUUCACUUUAGAUACGGAGGGAUCCAUAUCUCAGAAAGGCACCUGGGGUCAACUCAAAUCCCAAGAUUUGUCCGUCGCCACAGAAACGGAAGAAGAAACUACUCUCGAAAAUUCGACAGAUUUGACUCAGGAAGAGAAACCAAUUAUAGAUUCAAGUCUAGAAAACUCCAAACCAAAGCGAUCAUUGAAUUCAGUACGGCAAAUCGGGGAUUGUGCUAUUUAUCAGUAUUAUAUCAAAGCAAUUGGGGCAUCACGAAUCAUGGCUACGAUUACCAUUUUGAUGUCCGCCGCUGUGUUCACAAUGCUGAUCCAAAAUUGGCUUCGCUUGUGGACUGCCAAUGUCGAUAAGAACGGCGACCAACGAACAUGGUUCUACCUGAUCAUUUACCUCAUUCUUGCUCUUGGACACUGGCUCUCAUUAACUGGAACCGCAACUGUUUCCCUAUUGGUUGUUCCCACAUCUGGACAAAAACUUCAUAAUCAGCUUAUCCGGACUGUUAUCAACGCUCCGCUUUCCUUCAUUACAUCUACCGAUAUGGUUGCUACCACUUUAUCAAGAUUCAGUCAAGACAUGAAACAAGUGGAUCGUCAGCUCCCCGGCCAGAUUGCCGCAUUGGGAAGCCAAGUAUUCAAGCUAAUCGCUCAAAUAAUUCUACUUUUCAUGGCACAGGCAUAUUUUCUAUUCACCAUACCAUUUUUGGCAGCCAUUGUAUACGUGAUCCAGAAGAUAUAUCUAUUUACCAGCCGACAGCUAAGAUGGCUGAGCAUGGAAGCUAACUCGCUUCCAAAUACUAACUUCUUGGAUACUGUUCACGGCAUCACAACUAUUCGUGCUUUUGGGUGGGAGAAUGAGUAUGCUCUUGAUAAUAGCAAGGCAAUCGAUAUAUCCCAAGUCCCAUCUUACACUCUUCUUGCCAUCGAACAAUGGCUCACCUUGGUACUGGACCUCAUUGUUGCGGCUGUAGCAAUUUUCAAUGUUACCCUUAUUGUGACCCAAAGUGACACUGGCAGCAUUUCUGCUGGCCAAGUCGGAAUCAUCAUGAAUGUGAUUCUGAGCAUCAACAUAGUGCUCUUCGUGGCCGUUCAGUCGUGGGCUAACUUCGAUGCCUCGCUCGGUGUCAUUUCUCGGAUAAAAACCUUUACUUCGACUGUGCUUCCCGAGCCUCAGUCCGAAGAAACAAUCUUGCCAGCUGAUUCAUGGCCGGCUAAUGGCGCAGUAGAGUUUGAGAACGUCGUUGCUGAUUAUUCUGUUAAGACCGAUGCUGACUCCGAGUCGACUACUUCCACCUAUCAUGCCAUUAACCACAUAUCCUUGAAUCUGAUACCGGGCCAAAAGAUUGGAAUUUGCGGUCGCACUGGCAGUGGAAAAUCUUCUCUGCUGCUUAGCAUCUUGCGUUUAAUCGACCCAUCCACCGGCUUCAUCAAAAUUGAUGGCCUGGACCUCACAACUGUUUCCCGGGAGACUCUUCGAUCCAGAAUCAUCACAAUUCCCCAGGACCUGUUCAUCAUGGCAAGCGAUAGUAUCCGUGAUAACCUUGAUAUAUUGAAGAACAGUUCGUCCAAAGAGAUCUUGACUGCCCUGGAGAAAGUUCACCUCCGUUCCUUGCUGGAUACUAGAGCCGCAUAUAAGGGCUUCUCGCCAGAACAGUAUCUUGAUGUGCGGAUGGAAGAUUGGACAUUAUCCCAAGGGCAGAUGCAGCUUUUUUCGCUGGCCCGGGCCCUCUUAUUACGCUCUUCCCGCGGGAGGCUUGUUUUGCUCGAUGAGGCGACAGGUAAUGUGGAUCAAGAGACUGAUAAAUGGGUUCAGCAGAUAGUUCGCGAUGAAUUCCAGGGAUACACGACAAUUGUGGUGGCCCAUCGACUUGAAACAAUUUCUGAUGCAGAUUCUAUUGUCGUAAUGAAUCAAGGGAAAAUUGUUGAAACUGGAUCAUUCAAUGACUUGUGGCAGAAAGAGGACAGUUUCUUCAGAUCAAUUUUUGAUAGCAACGGGUCUUAA